AUGACUGCACAAUGGCAAUGGCGAUCAGAUGGUAAACCAUGGGAUAUCAUAGAUCUAGAAAAAGCCUCAUGGACAUCAUAUUCACCUGAAGAGAAUUCUCUGAUUGAACAAGCCUAUGGUUCAUCUUCACCUAAACCUAUUGUAAUUCGAAAUUACUAUGUAAUUGAUGUUCAGAAACGAAUUCAAUAUGUACAAAAUGCUUCAGGAAAUCAACGUCCAAUAAGACGUCUGAGUAACGUUCAACAUAUAAACGAGAAACAUAUUCGUCAAAAUCGUUUCGUUUUCCCUGAUGAUCAUGAUCAUUUCUUUGAACCGUUCGAAAUUGAUACUAAAUUUGGUUCAUUGAUUAUACAAGAAUGGCACAAAAACUUUAUUGCAUGUCAUCGAGGAGAUAGGGAAGUAAGUGAAAAAGACAUUGUUGAGGCGGCUAUUAAAGGAAUAGAAGAAGAAGGUUUGAAGAACGUGGAAUUUAUUCCAGAAACGAAAAUCAUCUGCGAUGCGUUGCGUGAUGUACGGGAUUGUGAAAAUAAAGUGGGCAUAAAACAACGUGCUGCAUAUUUGUACACUCGUUGUGGUUUUCUGUACAAACUGGUCAAUCAAGCUCUUCGAGAGCGUGACAAGCGAAUUUAUCGAGAUACACUUGGACCUUAUUGUUAUUUACUCUAUUCUUAUCUUUGUCUGCGUCCGCCUUUUGAUGUUGAUUUCUAUCGAGGAACUGUAUAUCGUGGUGCCUGGCUACACCCAGGUAUGAUCGGUCGAUUUCAGAAAGAGAUGAAACAAGGAAAGAAAUUCUUGACCUGGCUUGGCUUCACGUCAACAACUAAAAGUACCGCAGUGGCCGAUACAUUCACGGGAAAUACUGUCUUCGAAAUCUUAUUGAGCAAUACAGACCACUUCACAUGUCAAGGUGUCGACAUUAGUAACUUUUCAAGCAUCCCUGAUGAAGAAGAAGUUCUAUUGCCAUCUGGUUUUCAGUUCGAAAUUGUCGACGUGAAAUCAUUAGAGCCAACAAAAGACAGGCAAUUUCCUCAUUUUCGUAUACAAAUUCUUCCACGUCAAUGCGAUAGUGUUGUAACAUAG